GUGUGUUCACAUCAAAUGGCGCCAAGAGGCCUGCUACCUUCAUUAGCGAACUUGAUAAGGACCGAGACCUUUUCUUACUCUUCAGCAUCAUAGUCACAUCCCCGAUUUUUCCCUACAGGCGAUCCUUGCAUCCGGCGAAUCUAGCUCACGUGGCGUUGUGCCCGGGAAAAGCCAAGACAGGUGGCUUCGUCUCUUCCCUUGCCCUGCGAGUAGCAGCAUUUACCGCGCAAACGUGGUCCCUGGGAUUUGUCCGUGGCUCAAGGAGCUACCGUUUAGACCGGUGGCGAAAAAAAGAUGGGCUGGAGAAACGCCGCUUUGCUGUUAAUAACGUCCUGAAGGAGGGGAAAUGUGAUAGAUAACUGUAUGGAUGAGUGGCUUGGAGCAUAGUGGCUUGGUGCUAUGAAGAAGAGAGGCAUAUUGCAGCAUGCAGAGGGUUCAGAUUUUUUUGGAUUUCAUAUCACCAACACAGUUCCUCGGCUCGUGGAGACGGUGGAUAGUGUUUUGAGCUUAAUAAGUGGUGAGGUGAGGGGAGGAGAGGGGAAAGUGGAAGUCAAUUGCUGUCUUGUACGGGACGAGCAAGCAUUGAAGAUAUGACAAAUUGUAGAAUCAUGAUGAACUGAUUUAAUUUCUGGGGAGAAGAAAAAGAAAUUCUAUUUGCUUUUUGCAUGGACAGUUGAGCUUGUUCCUUGCCCUGUAAUAACUAUAAUCUAAAUCAACUCGACAGGUAGCUAGCUGAAGCUUGUGUAAAGCACAGCCCGAAGCACUCCCUUUACCAAAAAUAGAUGACACAGAGUUGCAGGUAUAGCCUCGUUAAGUUGGAAUUUAAAUGAUGACCAGCCAGAGAGUAGCUAAGCUCAUCCAGUAUAGCAAGUUGAUAUAGCAACUCUCAGUGUAGAGAGAAGAGAUAGUGGAGGUGACACAUAUGCUACAUUCUGCAAUCCCUGGUGUGGAUUAUGACUUCUUCUUACUCAUGUAGGAAGUCUUUGCCUUGUAAGUGAAAUUUAUGCUUUCCGUUUUUUCCCAUUCUCAAUGGCCAUUGAGAACAGAAGAAGAAUUGACAAGCUUUUACUGGCUUUGUGGGUUGUGGCUUUUUAUCUCUUUCGUCACGCCAAGCGAGCAUGCAAAGAUGGAAAGGUCCUGCGCUAUCAUCCAACGUUGAAAGUUGUUAGGGAAGGGGGAAAAAAAGGAAGAAGGCGCCGGGAGUCGACCUAGAACGGUGAUUUUGAUUUGGCUGAUCUGUCGUCAUGGCGGCGCUUCCUCGAGUCCGGGCCUUUAGAAGAUAAGGUUUUCACGCUCAAGACCCCUUUGUUCCAGCCCAGCCCAGCCAGCCGCUGAUCAGUUACUCCGUGCGGGUAUCUCCAUGGCGGGGGAAAAUCGAGUACAGUUUGUUAAAAAUCUUUUUUUCUUUCUAACCCCCUCCCCCCAUCUUAGACUAACACGUAAGAGGCGUACGCCUUC